AUGGUCUGGACGGUGACUGUUCUGGACCUGAAGACAAAGCAGAGGAAGGUGAGGAAAGCGAAGAUCUUGGUGAGCGCAGUAGGCGCACUUAUCAAGAAAGGAGGUGAAUGGACCGGCAGCAGCGACGCCGACGUCUUCGUGCCCUCCGGCAAUGCCCGCUCAGACCUCACGCGCCUCGGCACCAAGAUGCAGCUCGCCGUCAACGGCGUUGUCGACCUCCUCACCACCUUCUCGACCACCUUUCUCGACGUGCGUCUGCUCACCCGGCACCUGCAGGAGCUGUUCGACGUGAGCCAUCGCAUGUACAUGCAGCUGGACCCCAAGACGCCGGAACAAGAGGCCAGCUUCAGGCAGAUAAACUGUGACUACUUCGGCAUCAUGCGUAUGCUCAAGGACGACUGGCCUGCUGAUUGGUCUCUCCCUUUGACCCGCGCUUCCACGCCUCCGAGGGCGACGGCAUCGAUGAGCAGCCGCUGUACAAGGAGUGCCUCGCUGCGGAUGAGGAGUCGGUCCCAGCUUCGACUAACAAAAUCCUUGGUUAAACCGAUAGUAAUGCUGAGCGUAGGGUCUUAGUCUUUGGCUGCGGAUAUUGGAUUGGGGGAAG